CAAGUCCAUGCUGACUCUAUCUACAGCUUCGUUGGUGAUAAGGCUCAAGAGCUCACCUCUGGUGCUUCCAAGGAGGCCAACAAGGACGUUGCCAAAGACUCCAAUGCCUCCCUAGGGACCCGUGCAAGUGCUGCAAAGGAUGCCGCUGGUGAUAAGGUUGAUGAGAGCAAGAACUCCGUAAGUUGA